CCCUGUUUGGAACAGCUUAUUAAUUGGCUUCUCAGUCAAAAAGUCUCACUAAAUUAGCAAGAGAGUUUUGAUCGGCAGCCGGAGCCGGCAGGAUUCCGGGAGGUUGGCAUCAUGCCAAGGGAGCCGUGGCAACGUGCCCACGCGCACAGUGGCCUUGGUCCGCGCCACCGUUCCACACCGGGCAGUCGUUGCGCGCUGUUCCGGCCGCGCGAUGAGGACGGCGGGGAGAAUCACCGAGAUGAUCGCGUUCGGGGAGGGUGGCUUGGCCACACCGCCGCGAGCUCCCAGUUCCCCAGCGACAUGGAGGGCUGUGUCCAUGAGGGCCGCCCUUCUCGCCGGUACUACCUCCCCAUCGCUGGUGACUCUUGUGUUCGUGGAAGCUAUCCAGCUUCUUCCCGGUACCUCACCGGCGGUAACUCGUCCCGGGGAUCGAUGGCAUCGUGUGCAAGGGAGGAAGCCGAUAGCUUAGAGCGUGAGCUUCACAGCAUCGAGAGAUCCAUCGUCAUCCCGAUAUGCCUGAACCGCGAGGCCAGGGAGUUCUUCCCGGACAGGGGCAGGGGCACCCCGGAGCUCCUCGACAGAUACCUCGCUGCUGCGAAGCGGCUGCAGCGGCUGGACACGUCAGGAGACAUCGAUCAGCGCAAGAAGAGCCUCCUCAAGACGGUCAUGUCUUGCCUCGCCGACGAGUUCUGCCACCUCAAGGUGUGGAAGCUGGACGACGCCGCGAUGAGGGACCACUCGCCGGCCUCCAUCUGGGAUGCCGCCGCGUCCGCCAGGCGCAGCCGCGGUGGUCGUUCCCUGGACGACUCACGGAUGAGCUACUCGUCCUCUGGGUCCUUCACGGCCAGCGGCGGCACAAGCGAUGCCAGCUAUGGCUCCUACUGCAGGGGUCUAGGUGAAGAGCCGUCGGUCCAUAGUCACAACACGUUCGCAGCUGGAAUGAUCUAUGUCGACCCUAGGUCGUUGUCGAUCCUCCGUGAUAUUGCGAGCGCCAUGUUUGGGAGCCGACAUGAAGAUGUUCUACGAGCAGCUUUUGAUCGACACUGCGCUCAACUCGCGAGGUACAUCGAAAUACUUGACAUCGACAACAUUUUCGGAUAUCAAAUGGAAGAAUCAAGAGAAGUUCUACUGGAAGCCUGGACAUCCACAAUGCACAUCAUCAUUAGUUUCCUCAGCGAGAUGCAGAGGCAACUGAACCGACAUGACUUUGGCUCCUUCGACAGAAUCAAGGAGGAAUAUUUCCUGGCAAUCGCGAGGGUAACUGCCAUGAAGCUGCUCAGCUCAGCUAGUUCUAUCGGCUUUCAGGUGAGCCCACCAACCGACAAGCCAUGCGAGAACAGUUACGGCGGCGCUGCUAGACGUGGUCUAUCCAAAAUGGUAGAUGUGGUGAUGGUGUACCAGGCACUGGAUCACGGUUUGCCAGCAAUCUUAUCACUGCUGUCGGGGGAAACUAAGGAGCUCGUCGUUGCAGAGGCUGAAGGGCUUAUCAAGAGACUGUCGGAAGCGUUCGCCAAAUCAUCAGAUGAGCUGAACAAAACUGUCAGGUCGCAGCUCUUGUUCAUCGCCGACACCGGUGUCCAUCGUUUCACGAAGCGCAUCGUGGAUCAUGUACGGUUCCUGGUUCAGCACAGGAGGGCGGUCUAUCCGAUGCUACUAGCGGACGGCCGUCGUCGUCUAGAACCGUUUGGUGAACUGGUGACGCGGCUGGUCUUGUCUCUGGAGUUCACGUUGAGCGUGAAUUCUAAGAGCCUGCAGCUUCGGCAGGGGCAGGAGCAAAUAUUUCUUCUGAACAACGUGCACUUCAUCCUCGUGGAGGCCGAGAAGGACGCGGAGUUGGUACUGAUCCUGGGAGAAAGCUGGUUCUUGCGGUGCCAGGACCAAUUCGACCAGUUCAUAGCGGGCUACCUGGACGUGUCUUGGACGCCGGUUUUGUCGUCGCUGGAGAGGAAAACCCGGUUCUCGGUGAUGCUGUGGCCUCACCAGCUGUUGUGCAAGCUCACUUCAGCUUUCGAGGUGACUUGCAGCGCGCACAAGAACUGGAAAGUCGCCGAUCCUCUGUUGCGGGACAGGUUGCGCGAAGCGGUGUCUCACAAGGUUCUCCCGUUGUUGUACCGAAUGCAGGUGGAGUGUGGCUCCGAGAAGCUGCACAAGUCCGCAACGUACAGCGUAGAUCAAAUAAAGUCUCAGCUGCUGAAAUUGUUCGAGGGUUGAAGCAAUUAUUGUCAGUGGUUAGGUUAAGGGAAUUUGGAUGCAGAUGCAUGUUCGUACGUAAUAUUUUGUCUUUCGGGUUUUAGUUUAAUUCAAAAGAUAGGCUUUUACGUACAUGAAUAGUUAAACUCGAUUAGGUUGCAAAAUCACAUAAAACGGGCAUGGACUGGACGUGCAUAUCACAUCGCU